UGAAAAAUGGUCAUGUCACUUUUUUCAGUGCUAUUAUAACUUCAAAUGGUCACUAAAAGAACUGUUCGCAAUCCUCCCAUGGUGGUCAAAGAUCUAUUUGAAGACAUUAAAGAUGGAAUUGUAUUGAUUGCUCUUUUGGAGGUUCUUUCAGGACAAAAAUUGCCUUGUGAACAAGGGCGAAAAUUGAAGAGAAUCCAUGGAGUGGCCAAUAUUGGUACUGCUCUCAAGUUCCUAGAAGGACGUAGGAUUAAGCUUGUCAACAUUAAUUCAACUGAUAUUGCUGAUGGAAGACCAUCUAUUGUUCUUGGGUUGGUGUGGACAAUAAUCCUGUAUUUCCAGGUAUGGUAUUUUCCUUUUUUAAAAACAAUAAAAGACACAUUAUUACUGCACUGGUUGCACAAGUCAGCCAGUGUCCUUCCUAAGCCAAAGGCAUUGUUUGCUAUUUGAUGGUGUUAAAAGUAAAACUGCCUUUUGCAAUUGACUGAUGAUGAUUUUGUCAAUGCCAUUGUUGUUCAAGUGGUGUUCCAAAUGUUUUGGAAUUGCACUUGAGGCAUCUAUUAUUAUCUUCACUUUCUUUUGUCACAAUUAUUCUAUUCUAUUCUAUU